AUAAUCUCGGCGUGCUGUUCAGCUUCGGCCAGUUCACUGAUGGAAGUUUAAGUGUGACAAACGGUAGCCUACUCAUGCAUUGUGAAACCCGUUUCAGAAUGUUUUCAGUGAUACCAGCAACUGCGCGUCCAGUUCCCUUCUAAAGUUGGCCUGAGGCGCAAAAUAAGAGACCUUAUCGUCUUUCAAGGGUUUCAGAGAUGAACUGUAGGGGUGGCAGAUCUUCGCAGCGUGCUGGCUUUAUUCACUGACAUAAACACAUCAAAACGAUCAACCAACGUGAGAGUUUUGGGCAGCAGGCAUUUCCUCGCCUGCGUAAAACUUGCGUCAUCCGUUCCCUGGUGUCUUCUGACGCUUCUUCAGUUGAAAUGUAUUAUUUAUGUUGAAAUAUAUUGAUACUGCCACAAUUGUUCGAGAUCACCUACAAAUCCAGUGGUUCUCGUGGUGCUGGCUGUGCUGUGCCCUUCUGCGUUCGUGCGUAAAAGACAAAUACAAUUUGAGGCAGCACCGGCAAGCUCCACACACUUUGACAGAAAGAAGCAAGACGGCGAGUUAGAGUGAGUAGGGGGAAGACAGUGUGGGAGGGUGGGAGAGAGCCCUCCCCCCGCCAAAUGUCUCGAUGGAUCCACUCCUUCUUAACGCAACUCUUGCCCAGGCUUGCGCAGAUGGCCAAAGUGUCCAAACCUGACUGUGAAUCUGCUCAAACGGCCACGGGAUGACAAGAUGAGAGCAGAUUAGAUAUUUAACUCUUCACACGCUGCUUUCUUUUGUUUCGUGUUGAGUGCAGUUCAAAGUAGCCAAACAUCCUCUGGCGAAAGAGCAUUUGGCUACAUGUGAAUGUCUGCCGGUCUCCCAGCGCACUGCGCUGGUGAUGCCAUGCCGAGAAGUAACACCGGCGACGAGAGUGGUGGCACCGGACUCUGGCUGAAGACCUCAACGGGACGCCGGGUGCAGGAAUACCCACUGAAAGAUGUGGAAUCUGGGCGGAGGACGAUGAAUAACGCGGUGCGAGUCGGGGACGGUCUUCUGUCUCCCACCGCUGCAGGUGCGGUGGGAGCGGAAAGGAAGCAGGGCGCCCGGCUCAGCCUGCUGGGGAAGCCGCUGACCUACAGCGCGCAGAGCGGCCGCAGGAACGCACGGUACCGGCGGCUCCAGAAUUAUCUCUACAACGUGUUGGAGAGACCGAGGGAGUGGGCUUUCGUCUACCACGCUUUCGUGUUCAUCCUGGUCUUUGGAUGUCUGGUUCUCUCUGUGUUUUCCACCAUCCCUGCUCACCAGGAAUUCUCCUCACACUGCCUGCUCAUCCUGGAGUUUGUGAUGAUUGUAGUGUUUGGUCUGGAGUACAUCAUCAGGAUAUGGAGCGCUGGCUGCUGCUGCCGCUACCGAGGCUGGCAGGGUCGCCUCCGCUUCGCCAGGAAGCCGUUCUGUGUCAUCGACAUUAUUGUACUCAUCGCCUCGGUUGCUGUGGUUUCAGCUGGUAGCCAAGGCAACAUCUUCGCCACCUCUGCGCUGCGUAGCCUUCGUUUCCUUCAGAUCCUGCGCAUGGUGCGCAUGGACCGCAGGGGAGGGACCUGGAAGCUCCUGGGAUCUGUAGUGUAUGCACAUAGUAAGGAGCUGGUGACCGCCUGGUACAUUGGGUUCCUGGUGCUGAUCUUCUCCUCCUUCCUGGUCUAUCUGGUGGAGAAGGAAUUUAAUAAGGAUUUCGCCACCUACGCCGACGCCCUGUGGUGGGGCACGAUCACCCUUACAACCAUCGGCUACGGAGACAAGACCCCUCAGACGUGGACGGGGCGGUUAUUAUCAGCCGGUUUUGCUCUGCUGGGGAUUUCCUUCUUCGCCCUGCCAGCUGGAAUCCUCGGGUCAGGUUUUGCCCUGAAAGUGCAAGAGCAGCAUCGACAGAAGCACUUUGAAAAGAGGAGGAACCCAGCUGCCAGCCUCAUUCAGUGUGUCUGGCGUAGUUAUGCUGCUGAUGAGAACUCGGUUUCCAUUGCUACCUGGAAGCCUCAUUUGAAGGCGUUGCAUACCUGCAGCCCCGCCAAGAAAGAGCAGGGCGAGACUACUUACAGUCAAAAGUUGAGUUUUAAGGAGCGAGUCCGCAUGGCGAGUCCUCGUGGUCAGAGUAUGAAGAGCAGGCAGGUGUCCAUCAAUGACCGCCAGCGCUGUUCCCCUGGCAACGAGGUGGUGGGAGGCUCCGAGCUGAUGGGUGGGAGCCCGGCCAAAGUGCAGAAGAGCUGGAGCUUCAAUGAUCGGACCCGGUUUAGGCCGUCGCUGAGGCUGAAGAGUCAGACUCGCACUGCUGUCCCAGACGUGGACGCAGGCAUGACCACAGAGGAUUCCUUUGAUGAGAGAGGCUGCCAUUGCGAUGUUACAGUGGAGGAUUUAUCAGCUCCCCUCAAAGCUGUCAUCAGAGCUGUCAGGAUCAUGAAGUUCCACGUGGCAAAAAAGAAGUUUAAGGAGACAUUGCGUCCAUACGACGUGAAGGAUGUCAUAGAGCAGUACUCUGCGGGACACCUGGACAUGCUCUGUCGCAUCAAGAGCCUUCAGACAAGACUAGACACUGUAGUCGGUCCCCCUCCAAGGCCUAUCAGCAGCCGCGUCAAGACCUUUUCUUCCCCCUCCCUGCAUUUAUAUUACAGCCAGGCCCGGAGGAAACAGGCUGCACCGGGACUGGCCAGUGCAGCAGGCUCUGGUCCCAGCCUGAGUAGCCGACCCAGGAACAUGUCCUCUCCUGCCCUGCACUAUUAUUACAGCAACAACAGGAGGAAGCUCCCUGGCUCAGGGGUGGAUCAGAUUCUGGGAAAAGGCCAGAUUCCUGUGGAUAAGAAAAUGAGAGACAAAUUGCACCCAGAUGGAGAAUCUCUGGAAGGCAUGAGCAUGUUGGGGCGUGUGUGUAAGGUGGAGAGACAGGUAACUUCUAUUGAAUCGAAGUUGGACUCUUUAUUGGAUGUUUACCGCCAAGUCCUGCAGAAAGGCCCGUCACCGCUCACCCUGUCCUCCCUGCCCCUGUUCGAGCUGGACAAUCACCAGCACCACAACUCAGGCUACCAGGCCUCCAUCAUCAGCAGAGAUCUUCCCUCUCCCCAGGAAGGUGAUCCAAAUGGAGAUGUGGGAGAUAACAACAGGGGCAUACGCCAAUCACUUAGCGCCAACCCAAGAGGCUUGCGUCUUAUCCUGGCACCGGCAGAUGAUGACGGUCCCCCAGACUCAGCACCUCCAUCCUAUCCCCCGUCCACAGCCUCGCUCUCGCCAUCUCCCCUGCUGCCGCCUGAUAGCCCCUACCCAACCUUGGUCACACCCAAUGGUACCUCCAAAAGAGCACACUUCCCUGACCUGCCGCCCCCACCACCCUCAACAGGGGGCUUCACACUCCAGUUGCCCCCUAUGGUGCAUCCCUCCCACCAUCGGUGCCCCGCUGACCCUGUCACAGAUGAUACGACAGGUGGCAUGGCAGUGGUUGAGGGGAGCCUUGGCCCCUCUGUUGUCGUGGGAUCGAGUGUAGAUGCUGACCAGGAAGGGGACAGUGAGGCAGGCACUGCCCAGGGAAGGGUACAGCUCCGAGAGAAGCCUGGCUUGAAAUGUGAGGGCGUCUGGAGGAGGCACAUGAGCCUGGAGGUCAACCCCCUGCUGUUUCUCCAGUCUAGCUCGGAUGGGACACCCUCAGACUGGGGAAGCAGUCUUGGGAAAUCCCUCUCUGUGCACAAUCUCACCCAGCCUUUGACCAACCGUGCCCCCCGUCUCUCCUCAGCGCUCAACAACAGCAGCAGCAGCAAUGGUAGCGAACGCAAUGCCCUUAGUAAUUGGGGUGGAGAAGAACUCUUCAUUAGUGAGUGCAAACUAGAGCCAGCGGAAGAACAUUUCAACUUCCUGUCCCAAGAACCUGAUGACCCCUCAGUCCUUCUACAGACUGUGGAGGAUGCUCCACCUCACCCCAAGGGAAACUCAGAGUUUUUAAGUCAGCCCCCACACAUACAGCUGGCAUAACUACACAAACACACACACACACACACACACACACACAAACACUUGCAUACUGUAUGUACCAUUACUGGGGAAACCACUUCAAAAUAUUUUUACAGAUCAUUUUGCAAAUGUCCAAUCAAUGCCUUGUAUAAAGACAUACAAUAUUUUUACAUUCUUUCCAGCAUGAUUAUGUCCGCUUUGAUACAGAUUUUAUUAUGUUAUAUACUUUUUUAUGGAGUACUAAAAUUACCAAAAAGAAAUCAAAAGUAUAGUGAUGUAUAAAAUAUGUAUGAAAGUGGACAUAAUCGUGCAAGACAGAAAACACAAACCGUACACAAAUACAAAUAACCUUACUUUAAAAGGUACUGCUUUGGUGUUCAUCCAAAGAUCAGAUUCAGAAAUAAUUAAUUUUAAUAACUUUAUACAAAAAAUGACAUAUUUUUCAUACACAAGAUGAUAUAUUAAUGAACAUGAUAAAAAUAAUUGAUACUAUUGAAUUCCGUGAACUACGAAGGAAUAAAAACUGUGAUAUGACAUGUAUCUACUCAACAUCGAGUGUAGAAGCAAGUCAAAUAAUUAGGUUUCACAAAAAUGACUGUGAGUAAUGUUAACAUUCUUUUGAAAGUAAUUUCCAGGAGUCCUGCAUUUUAACUCAGUCUGAACCUAAAUCCAAACCAAAGAAGGUAGUUAGGGUUUGUCACUGUAACAACCAGGAGUGUGAACUUUUCAGCGCAGAAAUGAAAGCAUAUCCCAUUUGUAAUGUGACAAUUAAGUGAGUGAACACAAUCAGACAAAAUACUGUAGCCUAUGUAGCCAGUAGUAGUUGCAGGUUGCAAAAGUCAAAACUGAAGUUGAACCUCAAACAAACCACUGGAAACUAUAGGUCGACCACUUCUUUCUUAACUUGUGGUGAGACCAGUACACACAGGUACAUGCACAAACAUACACACUACAACACACUGACACACACAACCUCCGACCACAACCACUGAGUACCCUGAGAAGAGCCAACAUGAAAAAGAGCUGGGACUGCCUAAUGACUUAUUUUUUCAUACAAAAACUUGUAUUCAGAGAUGUUCUUCGAAGAGGAGGAGAGUCACUUACUCUCCUUGUUCAAUGUCUGUCUUUGACAAUGUAAAAUGUCAUCAUUUACUUUUAUUAUUUUCAUACAUAUCACUGCAUGGACUGUUUCUGAAAAAAAAAGAUGGAAAGGAGAAUACCGGGUGUGGUCGGUUGUGAUGGGAAUAGCUGAAUUAUAAGAAGAGUUAAAAGGUUGAACCUUUAGCAUGUAAUCUGACCACUAGCAUCUCAUUCUGUUCAUUUUCCAUUACCACUGAAAUGUUAGCUAAUGUGUGUGAGGUUGCUUGGUUUCUUCUGUCAGCAAGUUAUCAGUGAAUUUUGGAUGCAGCAAAGUGAUGGGAAAAACAGCCUAUUGGCAAUUGCUAAAGACAAGUAACCAUGUCCCACUUGAUUUUUACAGUGGCCUGGUGAGUUAGUUGCUAAUGAUGUGAAUGCUGAAUUGCAGUUAGCGGCCUUUUCCAGUCAAGCAUGAGAUGCUGCAUGUCUUAGCUGUCGUGAUACAUAAAGUCAGGAGCAGUCACGUAUUCGCUGGAGGCCUGGAUGUCCUUCUGCAUGUUAAAGUGAUGUUUUCUCCAAACCUUCAACAAAAAGGUAUGAAAAAAAGUCUGGCUUAAUGAACAUUAUUAUAUUCUAAUUUGAACUAAUUUGAAAGUAGCUAAAAUGUGUACAACCUGUUAUACAGAUACCCACUUAGUAUUAAAUUUUAGGACAAAUAUGAUUAAGAUAAAUUAAUAUGUUUGUUGACAAACCCUUUUUACUGGGUGCUGGUUGCACCAUGUGUAUCAGCAGUGAUUAAAGGCUGCUUGACUGAUCUUAUUCCCUCCUCCCAGUCUGGAGCAACACUAGGUGUAGUGUGGUGUUACAGGGGAAAAUGUACAAUGCACAGAUUCAAUUUGGAGUUACCUGAGAAACCCAUGAAAACGAGAUCCCUUAUGUGCAGUGUUGUGUGCAUAUAUUUACCCAUGUGAUAAUUUUGCUGCUAUGACAAUGACAAACAUAUGUGUUCGCAUAAUAAAGCAGGGCAGAGGAGAGAGAGAGAGAGAUUAGAAGAAUAUGUUCUUUAAUCUCAAUACAAAAUCCUAACUGAUUUUUUUUUUUUUUUACUUCAGAAUUUUCAGCUUUCAGCUGGUGCAGAACAAUGUGCUUAAGGGGACGUAGGCAGGAGACUAACUACACAAAGUACACUCUCAUCUGAGAUUGAGAUUAAAAUAUAUAUUAUAUGUGACAUCUUUAAACUCUCCCGCUGUAUUUAAGAAAAAAAAAAAGAUGUAUGAUUUACCAGGAUUUUAAAUGUGCAUGCACUUCCUUCUCACUACAUCAAGCAUAAGUACAAUAUUUAGCCAUAUAACAAUUGUUGUAGUACACUCAAAAAUGUUAUAUAAUAUUUUUGGUGCAUUUAGUCCAUAUUCAGAUAGAGAAGUUAUGUUCUCACUGGCAGGCUUAUGAAAAAUGGUGUGUUUCAAGUGUCUUAAAUGACAUUGUCCUUACACUACACUUGAAUUAUGCACAACACUAUGUCAGCCAUCUUAAUUUUUGUGAGCCCUUUUGAUUUCUUUUCGCAUGUUUACCUCUUACAUGUAUGCAGUCACAGCAGUCUUAAAAAAAAUUGUAUUUUAAUGUGUUAAUGACAACCUUUAUUCAUCAUUGUUUUCCAGUUAUAUUCCCUUUGUUUGAAUGGUGAGUAAGUGCAUUGCUAAGCAAAUUAAUAGUUCCUUUAGAAGAAUAUAACAAGUAUUAUUCUCUAACAAGCAACAAUAGUAAACACUUGUAGAUUGAUUUUGAAAUAUUCUGCAGCUGAUGCAGGAGAUGUGGUAUGAUGAAGAAUAUUAUCAACAUGAAAGCACAGUUGUUAAUGGUGAGUUUGAGGAGCCUGAAAAUGUGACAUGGGAGUUUAAUGCUUAAUAUUGGAAUAGAUUUGUUGUAGUUAUUGACUGAGAUUUUGAUACAUCUGAAAAGAGGCCAGUCAAAAGUGUACAUUACUUUGGAGCAAGAUAUUGAACAAAUGCUGAAUAACUCAGCCAAUUUGGAUAUUGGAUGGAUUAUUCCCCUCAAAAACAUGUGCAUUUUUGCAAUCUGUAAAUUGCUUCAGGGUGCCUUUCUUGCAUAUAAAAAUUUCUUCUUUUUUUUAUUCGCAAGGCUAUAAAGGUCUUUUUUGUAUACAAUCUAUAGCAUACUGUAUAUUUGAAGUCACGCUGCUCAUUUUUGGUUGGACAUCCAGUUCACUUAAGUCCUGUAGCUUUAGCCACAGACUUUAUAUGGCUUGGAUGGCUAAUAAUACCAUUUCUCUACUGCUAGAACAGUAAUUUAUUACACAACUGGCCUUAAAGCUUGAUAAUGUUAACAUUAUUAUUUCUUUGAAAUUAAUUUAUUAAAGUGCACAUUAUGUUCUCUGGAUGAGAAAUGCAAAAAUAAUUUUAUUAUUCAUUAAUAAAGUACGAAUUAAUUAAAGUGUUUUGGUGUGUAUUUUUUGGCAAAUGCAACAAAGGUCACAAAGAGGUCACGCUGCCUUUCCUAGAAAGAGGAUUUUAUAGGUUCAACAUGGAUUGGAUUUAAAAAAAACAAAACAAAAAAAAGGAUCUAAAAAGUGUUGGGUUUUGGCAAACUUCUCGAUCUCUUUAUGCUCUACUGAGA